CCAGUCCAAGCUGGUGUACAUGCUCCGUCGGUGUAUACUCGCUGCGCUUGGUGCCUCUCUUUCUUCUUCGUGCAAAUAGUAUUACAGUAUAUAGUAGCGUAUUCGUACAGCGGCAGUCAGUCGGUGUGCAGUGUGCAGUGCGCGGGCAUAUUAUAAAUAUAUAUAUACCUAUACACACGUAUACGUGUGUGUACAGUGAAAAAGAGCGAGAGGCAGUGAGAAAAUUCGCCAGUGUGACGCUGGGUAUGAAAAAAAGUGCACGUGUGCUGUGGUGACGAUCCAAGUAUAGUUUCCCACCGGCCCCGCUCGCAUCGCAAUCGGCGAUGUUCCACGAUCCCGAGCGUUCGCCGUCUCACCAGCUCACGCCGACGAUCCGCCUCGGGGCCGUGUGAGAGAGACGUCGACGACGAUCAGCAAAGAUGACUCGCAACGGAGGCUGGUCGGCGCUUCUGCUGCUGCUGCUACUGCUGCUACUGCAGUCGAGCCAGCAGCAGCAGCUCGUCGUCUCCGAGGAGGAGAACAACAGCAUCACCAGCAGCAGCGGCAGCAGUGGUUCGAGCACCAGCAGUAGCAGCACCACCACCAGCACCGAAUCGUCCGCCAUCUACUAUACCGAGCCGAAUUACGCGAGCUCCAACUCGCUCGAGUCGGGUUAUAGGGGCUUGACCGAGCUCGCCUUCGGCCGGGUGCUGCGUAACCAGCGGGUCCUGGAGCGCGCCAAGAGUCCCUACGUGCUGCGCCAGGACCUCGUGAUCGAGGCGGACGCGCAGCUCGUGAUCGAGCCCGGUGUCGAGGUGCGUUUCGCCCCGAUGAUCGGCAUCACCGUGCGUGGUCUGCUCAAAGCCGAGGUGAGUACAUGA